AUGGAAGAAGGGAAGAGGUGGUGGGGAACGGUGACGUGGAUUGAGGAAGACGGCUCCGGCUUCAUCACGCCGGUCGACCCCGGCAGAGGAAGGGGCUACCUCUUCGACCAGUCCUCCUUCGGGGGCGAGGACGUCCACGCGCUCCACAUUGGCGAGUUCGUCGAGUUCUCCGUCGAGGAGGGCAACGAUGGUAACCCCAAGGCCGUCAACAUCACGUCGGUCGACCCCGGUAGCGGAGGGGACAACCUCUUCGACCAGUCCUCCUUCGGGGGCGAGGACGUCCCCGCGCUCCACAUUGACGAGGUCGUCGAGUUCUCCGUCGAGGCGGGCAACGAUGGCAUCCCCAACGCCGUCAACGUCACCGGCCCCAGCGGCAACACUCUCUGGGGCCGCGGACGCCGGAGAGGCGGGGAAGUGUGUCGUUUCUGCGGUGAGGGGUGGCACAUGAUGAUCGACUGUGAACGGAUUCGGGUUCGAGAUGCGUGCUCUUACUGUGGCCAGCCGGGGCACAAGGUGGAGGACUGCCCACGUAGCGGCCGCGGCCUCUGA